CCAGGUGGAGCUGUCACGGUUGUUGUGAAAAAAGAACCCAUGUUACACCUGUACUGUUCCACAAGUUGAAGGAUGUGUUCCUGGCCUAGGAUUGUUCUGAUCGGUGACUCGCUCACCCAAUUUGGUUUCUCAACGGAUGGUUGUUGGGCUUCGAUGGUGGCCAAUCACUUUCAGCGACGUUGCGAUGUCAUCAAUCGCGGAUUUUCUGGCUAUACAACCAACACAUUGCGGCAAAUCUUUCCCAGAGCCAUUACCAAGGAUUGUUUAUCCGGAGCUAAGGCAGUGACAUUGUUCAUCGGGGCCAAUGAUUCUGCCAUUCAGGAGGUCAAUCCUAUCCAGCAUGUGCCCUUAAAUGAUUUUCAGGUUAAUUUAAAGGUCUUGAUCGGAAAUAUCCUGGAAUUAGGGCUCGAUAAAAGCAAGUUGGUCUUGAUCCCACCUCCACCUUCAGAUGCGCUUAUUUGGAAACAAGCCUGUGAAGAGAGGAACAGAUACACUUUGGGUGGUCCACCCAAGACCAAUGAAGCCACGCUCCUUUACUACAAGGCUAUUCAAUCCAUUGCUGAAGAAAAAGGGAUAGCCUUUGUGGACCAUUGGAAGGAUCUUUUGGAUGGGUCGAAUUUUAAUGAUGGCCUCCACUUUUCGACGAAGGGUAGUCAAACGCUCUUCCAAAAGCUCCUGCCAUUUUUAGAGGAGCGAACACGGGAUGUGGAGAUGCAGUUCCCGGAUUGGAAAGAUAUGCAGGCCAUCAAAUUUUAAACUUAAGCAUCACUGUAUUUACGUUACUUAAUUCAUAGAUCAUGGUGGAUAAUGUAGACAAAGCAAUAAAAAAAAAUCAAGAAACGAAGCUCAUGAGUGGAAAUGUCAUCGGUAUAUUUGGAAGCAACAGCGGAACGGAGGCGGGGUUAU